CUGGCCCGGCAGCUCUUUGCGCCCUGCCCCAGGGCGUGACCCGGCCACUUCCCCAGUCUGUGCCGCGCCUGCUGUCCUGGAAGCAGUCACCAGAGGCCGGGCAGGCGGGAGCAGCACCUGGAAGAUGCGCCCUGUGGCUGCCGGUGCUUUCAGGGCGCUGCUCCUCGUCUUGGCCUCCGUGUGUGCCUGGUACUCCGGGUACCUGCUGGCAGAGCUCGUCCCAGACGCGCCGCUCUCCAGUGCCGUCUACAGCAUCCGGAGCAUCGGGGAGAAGCCCGUCCUCAGAGCCCCGACCCCUAAGAGGCAAAAAUGCGACCACUGGACGCCGUGUCCCCCCGACACCUACGCCUACCGGUUGCUCAGCGGGGGCGGCAGAGACAAGUACGCCAAGAUCUGCUUUGAGGACGAGCUGCUCAUAGGAGAGAAGACGGGAAACGUGGCGAGGGGGAUCAACAUUGCCGUCGUCGACUACGCCACGGGGAAGAUGACGGCGGCGCGGUACUUUGACAUGUACGAGGGAG